AUGUCUAGUUUCCUGUCACAUCUAAGGGUCUCCCAUCGGUGUCAGGCCCUCACGACCGUCAGUGACUGCCCUUCACUCCCUGCACCUGCAUUCGUCACCGAGCAGCCUGUGGGGAGGGUUGGUCUUCCUUCCAACUUUAUGCCCACAUCCUUGUGUCCUCACAACCCCAGCUCUCUGUCUGCUACCACCUUCCUCCUCGCUAAGACUGUGCCAGAUCUUCUUUUCCUAGGAGUGGAUCUAAAAGAUCUUAAGGCCGAAACCGGUUUGGCUCAGCGGAUAGAGCGUCGUCGGCGGUCCCAGGUCUCUGGACUGACUUGCCCAGGAGACAGACAGCUGACGCAGGUCUGUGACAGGACGAUGGCACCUCAAGCACUGCACCCAAGCUCUGAGCCACACGUCCAGACUGGAGGGUGGAGAGAGCCCCUCAGGCUCUGGCACUAG